AAACAAGCUAGGGAGGGAGUGUGUGUUCAUUGUUCAGCUGAGGAAUUGGAAGUGAAACUCACAUGUAAACUGUCCACGAAAAAAAUACCAUUGCAAAGAAUUGCACUGGAUGGCUGGUUGCUGUACAGCUCUAAAUUCUCUGUGGCGAGAUUUUCGGCUGUCCACAGCAGUAAACGUCGAUUUAUGUGUUUUAUCACCAGUGUGCAGAGAUGGACAUGGACCGUCAAAAGCGCCAGGAGGGCAUUCAGAACGCCCUGGGAUUCAUACAGUGCGAAAUAAACAUUCCCCUGCAAUUCCCACAAGUUUUCAACUAAAUUGUCUUCUUUGCCUUAUCCAAAGCCUGAAGGCUAUAAGGGGUUUCUGACCCAGUUGGUGUGUGACCUGCUGGAUGAGGGGAAUGCAAUGUUCAGGGAGGGUGAGUGGCAGCAGGCCAUAAAGGACUUCAGUGAGGGUGUUAACGUGGCCCACUAUGCCCAGGCUGAGUCUCUAGAAAUUCCCUCAGCCCUGCUGGAGAGUCUGUAUUUCAACAGGGCAGCAGCCUACCACAGCAUGGGGGAGUAUGAGCAGGGUGUGCAGGACUGUGACAGUGCGCUGGCUCUGUGCAAAGACAGUUGCAGGGCACUCUACAGGAAGGCUCUAUGCCUGCGGGAGCUGGGCCGUUUCAGAGAGGCCUACAACUGCAGCACGGGCUGCCUGCUCACCACGCCUAACGACAAACAUGUGUAUGAGUUGGCACAGGAGCUAGCUAACAAACUGGGCCUGAAGAUACGCAAAGCCUACAUUAGCACACAGGAGUCGGCCAAAUCUGAGAAAAGUAAUGGGAACUCAGCUCAUUUUGCAGGAGAGAUGUAUGGCAGUGGUCUGGAUUCCUUAAGUGACAUCUCAUCAGUUGCUAUCUCCUGCAAGCCUCUAUCCACCGCUAUCCCAGUUAGUGAUGAAUCCUCUCCCUCUGGUCCUCUGGUCUACUCCAAACUUCUGGGUAGCCCUGUCCAAGGCCCCCGGCGGUUGCCCAUCUCUGUGGCUGAGUCGGAGAACCUGGGUGACAGUGAGCUGAUGGGAGACGAUCUAGACAGCCUGCUGGACUGUAUUCCCCCCCAACGUGCCUUUCCCAUCAUCCUCCCCAGCUCAGCUUGUGUCCCCAUCCAGCUCCCAUUUCCCUCACGCCUGCCCGCCCCCUCGCCCCGGCUCCCCCCAGCCUUCUUCAAGUCAGCCAUCAGCCAGCUCAACUCUCUGGACACAUUCCCAGGCAUGGGUGGGGGGGAUGCCCUGGGUGCUCUGAAAUCUUUAGAUGGCCUUGAUGCACUAGACUCUCUAGAUACUUUAAACAACCUGGACACCCUUUCAGGCCUUGGUGGUGGGGAUGCCCCGGCUCCCACAACAGCACUCUAUUCACUUGAUGCCUUAGAUGCCCUUGACAGUUUCUACCCACUUGGGGGUGCAAUAGCAGCCAAACCAGUGGUGGUGGGGGGAGGGGGGCUGGACUCCCUCUCUGAGUUCAACCUGCCUGGUGCAAGAAUCUCCCACAAUGUUCUCUCUGCAACACGUUCGCCCAAGAAGUCCAACCACACAGUGGUAAAGAAUGGCCAGGUCUCCUCCAAGCUUUCUCAGCUGACCAAGAACCCCCUAGCAGCCACCCAUGACUUCAUGCAGGCCUGUGCCACGUGCUACAGCUGGAUAGGUCCAGGGGUCCUGGACUACCAGCACCAGGCAGAAUUGGCCCACCGUUGUAAGCGGGACAUUCUUCUGUGCAGGAUCAGGGCUGCAGAGCACCCUGUCUGGAACAGGGUGCGACCCCGCCCCACGCACAAUUUUACUGGGCCGUUUGUGCUCUGCAAAGAGGUGCUGGAGACUCAGAAGUGUAAGUAUAGGGAGGGCUGUACAUUUGCCUACUGCCAGGAGGAGGUAGAUGUGUGGACCCUGGAGAGGAAGGGAGCCCUGAAGAGAGAGCUGUUGUUUGACCCGCAAAGCCCCAACAAUGACAGGCUCAGCAUCACAUGCCUGCUGCAGCUCCACAACGGCAUGUUCAUGUACCUCUGUGAGGAGUGCUAUGACAGUAAGCCCAGGAUCAUCAGUAAGCACAGUGAGGAGGUGCCGUCCACCUGCUCCAACCCCUGCGCCCGACACCCAUUCGACAAAAACAAGUGCCUGGUGCAUGCGGUGAGGUCCAGCAGCGUGCACUACACUAAGAUCCGCCCGCUGUACACCCAGUGCCAGUUGGACGUGUGCCGCCAUGCCCAGCGCUACGGCUGCCAGCGAGAGGACAGCUGCUCUUUUGCCCACUCUGUCAUAGAGCUCAAGUGCUGGAGGCUGCAGCAAGACUCUGGCAUCACUCAUGAAGAAAUUGUUCAGGAAUCCAAGCGACACUGGCAUAAACAGGAGCAGAUCACGCACAAACCCAAGCUGGUGUACAUGCCACCACCAUCUUCAUCCUCAAGUGGUGGAGGUGGGGGAGGAGGCUAUUGCUUGAACCUGAAGAGGAAGUUUGUUUGUGGUCAGUGCUGGAGGGACGGGUUGGUCAGCGAGCCGGACAAAGCGCUUAAGUACUGUGCAGCCAAGGCCAGGCACAGUUGGACGAAGGAGCGUCGGGUGCUGUUGGUGAAGUUCUUCGAGGGAAAGAAGUGGGUGAUGGUGCGGACGUUGCCUUUUGCCAAGACCUACCCCCAGCAGUAUGACAUAUGUGCCCAUGUGGUGAAGCAGAAGAAGUGCCACUACAUUGGGAACUGUGCCUUUGCCCACAGUGAAGAGGAGAAGCAAGUAUGGACUUAUAUGAAGAACAAUGGCUUGAAGGAUAUGCAGCAGAUGUACGACAUGUGGCUUACAAUGACGAAUCAAAACCAUCUGCCGGAUGACACCCUGAUCACCCAACCCGUAGAGGAGAAGCAAAUUGUCAUGCCAACCGACUAUGCCGAGCCAAUGAGCGGCUUCCACUGUCGUCUGUGUGGGAGGCAUAGUAACAGCGAGCGCCAGUGGCAGCAGCACAUCUCCUCAGAGAAACACAAGGACCGUGUAUUCAGCUGCGAGGGAGAGGACGAGAGCCUCACGUGGACAUACCGCUUCCCCGGACUCCGCCUCGCCCUUUGUCCCAGGCUGGAGAGUGGCUGUCCUGAGGGGGUGAGCUGUGACUACGCCCACAGUGUUGAGGAGCUGGUGGAAUGGCAGGAGAGGCGAGAAUUCCUGCGGCGGAAGCUGGCCAAGGCCCGUAAAGACAUGCUCAUCAGGCCAGACGAGUUUGACUUUGGGAAGUACAACUUUCUCCUGCAGGACUGAAGCCUCUGUCCCUUAUGUGAGACACUUGCACCUGUAAAUAGACAGCAGUCGUCUGUUUUGUUGAAAACCCUGGGGUGUAUUUUCUUUAUUAGUUAACAGUUAAUACAGUUUAUACCUGUUAGAGCUGGUUAGGACUGCAAGUUCCUUAUUUGUCCAAUAUUUUCAAAAGGGCUUAACAAAUGAGAUCUUGGGUCCGAAUUGAGCGGGGGGAAAAGUCAUUUAGCACUGCCAUUUAACAAAACAGUACUGACCAAAUAUCUCCAUGAAUAGUCUGUUUAAUCUGUAUACAUCUUUUUGGGGGAUAUUAAGAAUUAAUUUAUGCUUCUGUUCUGUACAACCGUCAAACUUUCACAACUGUUCUUCCAUCAAAUGAAAACCGAUUUUGCUGGAAGGCAAACGUUAUUCACUUUCACUUUAUUCAUGUGUCUUAUGCCAAUUUAAAGAUGCAAUGUUUAACUUUUUGGAUGACCUGAGAAAAUUCACAUAGAAAUGUUAGUUUCUAUGUGGUCAUUCUAGAGUGGUCAUUCUCAUUGAAAGAUCUGUUCUAUGUGCCCUAUUUCUAUGCUUAAUGUUCUUAAGUUUUAUUUUUGAUUCUUUUGUUUUUGUACACCAGCUUCAAACAGCUGAAAAUACUAUAUUUUUGGUUAUUGGAAAGAUAUUUCACAACAAUUUAGAUGGUACAAUGAUUCUCUACAUUGCUUGUUUUGUCACCAACUUAGGCAAAGUAUUAGAAGUUUAGCAACCAGGAAAUGGUGAGUGAUUUCUGCAUAUUGCAUCUUAAAAGCAUUUGUUGCUGCCAUUGUAGACAGACAAAACGUUACAGAAUAUGAUCACACUAAUACAGGGGUACUGCAGGGUGUUCAUGGAAAUAUAAAAAUAUUAUUUUAUUUCAAUGUUUUUAUCAAUAUUGCUAGCAACAAGUUUCAAUUAAUUUUAAAUUAGACAUACAAUAUAAAAGAGGAUAAUAUCUUAUUUCUAAUGAUGUCAACUUUAUUUCUCAACUCCUAAUAUUGAGAAAAUUACACUCAUUGGAGCUAAUUGCACUCACCGGACAGUGUUUCUCCUAUAUUCAUUUAGCAGCGGUGAGUCACCGCUGCUAAAUUGUUGCCACUGCUCCAAAAAAUAUGAUUAAACAUUUUCGGGCUGGUUAAACAUUCAGUAUAAACAUAAACUAAACCAGAUAUAAAGUAUGUAGAAAAGAUAUAAUGGAGCUAUAUAUCUUAAAUAAGAUUCAAUUCUCAAAUUCAAAACAUUUUAUGGAAUUUGAUUUGAAUUCACUCCAAUAGCAUAAGAACAUGUAAAGCCAUGGCAAAAUGUGUAGAAUUUCAGAACAUUUGCUUUAAAACUGCAGAUUUUCUGUGUGGUCCAGCGGCACACGUAUAUGCCGGAGUUGGCGUGGGUUUGAAACCGGCCCACUGCACUUUGAAUCACCCCAUCUUCCCUGUCUUUCACAUUGUACUCUCUUCAAUAAAGCAAACAUUACAAAAAGGAA